AUAAAUAAUAAUAACCUGUCAGACAACGUAACAUACCCCCAUUUCUUGAUAAAUAAUAAUAGCUUGUCAGACAACGUAACAUACCCCAACUCAUUGUUUAAUAAUAAUAGCUUGUCAGACAACGUAACAUACCCCAACUCAUUGUUUAAUAAUAAUAGCUUGCCAGACAACGUAACAUACCCCCACUCCUUGAUAAAUAAUAAUAGCUUGUCAGACAAGGUAACAUACCCCCGCUCCUUGAUAAAUAAUAAUAGCUUGCCAGGCAAGGUAACAUAUCCCCACUCCUUGAUAAAUAAUAAUAGC